GAGCGAGACGGAGUGGGGCGCGUAGCGGCCUCCACCCGCUCCCAGAGCCGCUUCCCGCUGCGCGCGGUGCCGGCCGAGCGGGCAGGUGGCGCCGUCGUCGGGGCGGCCAUGCGGCGCUGCGCCCUGCUGGCCGCCUUCGCGCUGGGCUACGUGGGCUACCUGCUGCUGGGCGCGCUCAUCAUCUCGGCGGUGGAGCGGCCCUACGAGAGCCGGCUGCGCGCCGAGCUGCGCGCCCUCAAGGCCGCCUUCCUGCGCGAGAGCCCCUGCCUGCCCGAGCCCGCCCUCGAAAGCUUCCUGGGCGCCGUCCUCAGCGCCAACCGCCACGGCGUGGCUCUGCUCCGCAACGGCUCGGCCGCCCCGUCCAACUGGGACUUCGCCUCCGCCUUCUUCUUCUCCAGCACCCUGAUCACCACCGUCGGUGAGUCGCGGGCGGGGACGGGGUGCAGGCGCCUGCGGAGCCCGCCGGGGACUCCAGCUGGGGCCCCAGGCUCCCUCCCCGCGGGGCCCCGACGCCAGUCCCCGCUAGGGCCGCCGGUGCGCAGAGCCGCUUUCCCUGCUCUGUUCCGAGGGGAAAGUUCUCUCUGCGCUUAUCGCACCGCGCAGCCGUCGGCUUGUUUGCUCAGCUUCCGCAGAGUUCAGUUUGACUUACUCCCGAGUAUGCACGCACUGGAAUAAUGCAUCCUGAAGUGACUCCUCCUUCCAGCUAAAGGAACCUGGCAGUUUGGGGAGUGGGCGUCCAUGCAAGUGCGAGGGCCAGCAGGGGGUGGCAGGAUGAGGCAGGCUGUGGUCCUGGGCACAGAGUUGUAAAGUUGGAAGGGGCUCCAAAGGGGCAUCUAGUCCAACCCUCUGCACUCCAGGAAUCGCAGCUAAAGGAGGGGGGACUGGGGGAGGGCUGAGAGGUUUUUUUGGGGGGUUGGUCACCUGCAGGAUGGUGAUGUGGCUUCCUGGUUUCCAGGUGGAAGUUUGUACGUGGGGCUUCUGACAUGAAAUAGAGGAAAUGCAGCCCUGUGGGGGUGGGGAGCCCCCCAGCACCUGGACACCCAGACCCACAUCCUGCUCCUAGGAGCUCAGUCCCAGGAGCAGCGCCAGCUAUUCCCCCAAGAUGUGGCAUCUUGGUACCCCUUACAACAACCCUGUGGUGCUGGUCUUACCAAGCCAGCCAAUGCCAGGACUAUAGCCAUGCUGGGGCAGUUGUGGGGCUCAACAUGUGGCUUAAGACAUGACCCCCCCACCCCCACCCUGCCAGCCUCUGCAGCUCGGCUUCCUUGUUCCUGCUUCCUCCAAGAGGCUCUGGUGGCCGCCCUUUGCGGCUCACUGGUUUCUUCUUUUCCAGUGUUUCCUGCAAGCCAGCAACGGAGGAGGUGGGGGUUGCAGAGGUUAACUGCAGCCAGCUGCGAGUGUUUGCCUGGGGGGCGGGAGAGCCUGGCCCUCUCUGGCUGUGCUCUGCCCAGGACUCCCCUGCCAGCGCAGCUUUCUGAUCCAAGUUCCCUACAUCCUGUUUUUAUCCUGGUGGGUGUGGACACAACAAGGACUGAGUCACUCCCCAGCUGUACAGAAGUCCUGGACUGCAGAGCUAGGCCCAGUUCCUAGAGGGAGGGGGCUGGGGUGACGUUUGGGAGGAGAAGCACCCAUCUCUUCCAGCACUCUGGGGAAGAAGCCUGCAAGCUGGACCACGCAGAGCCAACUGGGGAACUCCCUCCUGCAGGCCCUUGGAUUAGACAAAAGGGGCUCUUGGUGGCUCCACAGCUGGAGGCACUGAUGAUGCGUCUGAAUCCUACUUGCUGGAAGCCACAGGAGGGGGGGGGGAGAGGGCUGCUUUCGCACUCGGAUCUCAUAACCUGCCUCCAUCUGCUCAGCCACUGUGAGAGCUGGAGGCUGGACUAGAUGGGGACCCCUUUGGCCUGACCACGCAGGCUCUCCUUGCCUCCUUCUGACCAGCAGUGACCCCACCUGGUUCCCCCAAGCAGCUGGCACUGGGGGCCCUUUCCUGCCUCUGACUGCGGAGGGAGAGACGGGGCCAGCGGAGCUAGGAGCCAUUGGUGUUGCCUCUCAGUUGGGGCAGUUGAGUUGGGAUCCCUGCCUUGCAGGGGGUGGGACCAGAAGACCCUCGACAGCCUUCAGCUGUCUCAGAGGCCAGGGGGAAGCUGCGGCCUGCCCUUGGUUCCUGGAGGGGGAAACGCUGAGCAUCAUGGAAAGUGGCAGGCAGCAUGUUCUCCGCAGGAAGUCAGUCGCCCUCCCCGCUCUCAGCGCAUGUGGUGGCCUCCCUGUGCUGCUCUGCUCAACCGCAACCCUCCGGAGACGUUGCCCCAUCUCUGUGGGGAUGCUGUAGAGCUGGGAAAUGGGGAACCUUUCCCGGGCCUUGAGCAACUCCCCUGGGAGGGAGCUGGCCUCAUUUUGGCCCCCAAGUGGCUUUAAAAGGUAAAGGGAGCCCUGACCGUUAGGUCCAGUCGUGGCCGACUCUGGGGUUGCGGCGCUCAUCUUGCUUUACUGGCCGAGGGAGCCGGCGUACAGCUUCCGGGUCAUGUGGCCAGCAUGACUAAGCCACUUCUGGCAAACCAGAGCAGCGCACAGAAACGCCGUUUACCUUCCCGCCGGAGUGGUACCUAUUUAUCUACUUGCACUCGAUGUGCUUUUGAAUUGCUAGGUUGGAAGGAGCAGGGACCGAGCAACGGGAGCUCACCCCGUCAUGGGGAUUCGAACUGCCAACCUUCUGAUCAGCAAGUCCUAGGCUCUGUGGUUUAACCCACAGCGCCACCCGCGUCCCUUUGGCUUUAAAAGAGGAUCGGACGAAUUCAUAGAGGAGGAGGAGGACUGUCAACGGCCAAGACGGCAACUGUCUCUUGGUCUCACUUGCUGGAAUCCGCAGGAGGAAAGAGGCUGCUCUUGUGCUCAAAUUCUGCUUUGCGGCUUCCCAUGAGGGGCAUCUGGGAGAGCAGGAUGGGCCAUGGUCUGAUCCAGCAGCCAGGCUCUUCUUAUAGUCUUAUGGAACCUCCAGGUCCAGAGGCAGUCUAUCUGGAUUCCUGGGUUCUUCAGGGUAUUUGGCCACUGUAAAGAGAUGGGCCAUGGGUCUGAUCCAGCAGCCAGCCUGCCUCUCCUUAGCUUCUUAUUUUUGGAUCCCUUUAAGUAAGAGGGAAAGGCAAGUAAGGGGAGCAGACAUGGCGGAGAUGUGGGUCAUCCUCCAACCCCACACAGGGGUCAUCCGCUGCAGCUGAAAGUUUAGAGAUUCAGGAUGAGUGAAAGGAAAGAAUUCUUUGCAGAAUUAACGCUGGGCUUUGCUGCUCUGGGAUGUCGAGGUGCCCAUCAGUUUGGAUUAGACAGAUUUAUUGGGAGCAGAACAUGGCUCUCGGUGGCUGAGAAACUUGAGGACGGCUCUGCUCAUCUUCCCCUGGGAGGGGCAGGGGAGGCCUCUGCGCACCAGCAGCUGAGAAGCACCAGGGCUGUUGGGCAGGUCUGAUCUGGCAGCCCAGGCUGGGGACCUCAGGGAUCAUCUAGUCCAACCCUCUGCGAUGCAGGAAUUGCAGUUAGAGAAUAUCUGACAGGUGGCCAUCCACCCUCUGCUUCGAAACCUCCAGAGAAGGAGAGCCACCGCUUUCCCCAGAAAAUGGCCCUUUUUGUGCCUUGUCAGGGUGAGAAAAUUCCUGGUCUUGAAAUCCCUCCCAUCGAGCUUCUCUGAAGGGCCUCUUGCAAUUGGAGUCUCCUUGGACAGGCUCUUCCAGGGGAAGAGGGAGCUGGACAAGGAGGCCGGCCAGAUGUGCUGCUGCAGCUGCUGCCCCUGCCCACGGAAGCAGACUGGCACCCUGCCAGCCCUGCCUGGGCUCAUGGCUCUCCUCUCUCCCCAUCUGAGGUGAGGUAGCGCCACGUCUUGCCUUGAACAGGCGGGGCAUUAAAGGAGGGCCAUUGCCCAGCCAGGGCAUCUCCCCAGUGCGGCUCAUCAGGUGGAACUGGCUGCCCGUUCACGGGGCAGGGGCUUCCCGGUUGGCACAAUGUGUGAAUUGCUAUGGUUGUGCUGUUAUAAUAAUUGGGUUUUCCCAACCACUCUGGGCAGCACCCAACAGAUUAAAAGCGGAAUAAAACAUCAGUCAUUAAAAACUUCCCUAAACAGGGCUGCCUUCAGAUGUCUUCUAAACGUCAGAUAGUUGUUUAUCUCCUUGACGUCUGAUGGGAGGGCGUUCCACAGGGUGGGUGCCACCACCAAGAAGGCCCUCUGCCUGGUUCCCUGUAACCUCACUCCUUGCAUGGAGGGAACUGCCAGAAAGCCCUCAGAGCUGGACCUCAGUGUCCAGGCAGAACGAUGAAAACGCUCCUUUGGGUAUAUUGGGCCUUUGAGGCCGUUUAGGGCUUUCAAGGUCAGCACCAACACUUUGAAUUGUGCUCGGAAAUGGACUGGGAGCCAAUGUAGGUCUUUCAGGACUGGUGUUAUAUGGUCUCGGCAGCUGCUCCCAGUCACCAGUCUAGCUACCACAUUCUGGAUUAGUUGCAGUUUCUGGGUCACCUUCCAAGGUAGCCCCAUGGAGAGCGUAUUGCAGUAGUCCAAUCGGGAGAUAACCAGAGCAUGCACCACUCUGGCCAGACAGUCCGCGGGCAGGGAGGGUCUCAUCCUGUGUACCAGAUGGAGCUGCUAGACAGCUGCCCUGGACACAGAAUGGACCUGCACCUCCAUGGACAGCUGUGAGUCCAGAAUGACUGCGCACCUGCUCCUUCAGGACACAGUUGCCCCAUUCAGGACCAGGGUGUCCCCCACACCUGUUGUUGGAGGCUGCCUGUCUUCAGCAUCAGGGGUCAGAAGGAUGGGUCACAGGUAUUACUUAAAAACUAAUAAAUUAAGGUGUAGCCCCAUUGCAGGUAUUUCUUGUCCUCAUGUGUGUGUUUGUGUGCGUUUCAAUGAAAUGAAAUGAACAGAAUGAAAGUUUAUGAAUCAUUUGGGGCAGGGAGGCAAGAGAGAGAGAGUGUAUGAACGUCUUAAAGUUGCUAUUUUGACAUUAUGGUUUUAUAGAUUAUAAAUGCCUUAUUGAUUUAAUCGUGUAAUAUGACUUAUGCUGUAAUUGUGACAUUUAGCUUGUUUUUUUAGUUGCUGGUUUGUUAAAUAGUGUUUUGUUUAUUCAUUGAUUCCAUUUGUAUACUGCCCUUCAUCUGUGGAUCUCGGUGGUUCACAACAGAACAGUACAAGAUAAAAAAAACAUCAUAAAAACAAGAACCAAAAACCCUGCACAAGCCCCCUCCCAAAAAGACAGAAGUGAAGUCUAGGUAGAUUGUGUUUUACUGAUGAUUUGCUAAUUACAUUAUAGGAUUUAUUCUGUACUUUGAAUCAUACAAUUGUAGAAUUGGAAGGGAACCUCAGGGUCAUCUAGUCCAACCCCCUGCAAUGCAGGAACCUCAGUUCUUCUCUGCUUGAAAAACCUCCAAGGAAGGAGAGUCGACCACCUUCCCAGGGAGUCCAUUCCUCAUUCCAACGGCUCUUUCUGUCAGUUGCCUAGAGCCUGGUGCUGAGAAUGCCCUGGUUGCAGGUUCAGUCCCCCUCUGGGACAACUGCAUAUUCCUGCGUUGCUGCGGGUUGGGCUGGAUGACCACUGGGGGUCCCCCUUCCAACUCUACAAAUUCUGUGAUUCUAACAGAUUUCUUUUUAAGGGCCUCCUGGAUCCCAGCAAACCUUUGGCUCCUCUCCCCCUGGCAGCCUUGGCUCUAUUUUCUUUGGCUAAAAAUAGCCUCCUGCUUCAGCCGUUUGUUCCUCAUAUGAUCGGCCUUUAUCUCGCCCAUGUCAGCAUCCUUUGUGCGCUGCUGGGAGGGGCAGCCUUUGCCAAAGCCCCCGAGCCUUUCCCCUGCUGUUGCUCUGAGAAGAAGCCUCCUCUGGAUCAUGUGGCCGACCCAAGUCUCCAGGGCAGCUCCCUCCCUUGCCCCAAAGUGCCUGUUUACCGCAUUUCCAGCUCACCUUUUUCCUCCAGGGAGCUCCAAGUGACAUACAUAGGUCUCCCCCCCAUCUCAUUUAAACCGCACAACGACCCUGUGAGGUAGGUCAGGCUAAGAGGCAGGGACUGGCCCCCAGGGUCACCCAGUGAGCUUCAUGGCUGAGGGAGGCGGCAUUUGAACCCAGGUCUUUCCAAGGUCCUAGCUGGGGAAACCCAGCCAGAUGGGCGGGGUAUAAAUAAUAAAUUUUCAUUAUUAUUAUUAUUAUUUAUUAUGACUAAUGCAUAUCUGCCUUCUGUGGGGUGGCAAAGAUCUGAUCUGAUCUGCCCAGGUCCUCCCCCGGGACCCCUAGAAGCCACCCUCAGCCCCACUCUGCCCUUUCAAUGAUCCUGUUCAAGGUCAGAUAUCCAAAGCGCCCUGUUCCCUUUAAAUCAGGUAUUCCCAAAGUGGGCCGUGGGAUUACCUGGAGGUGGGGUUGCGAAGAGACAAGGGGGCGGCUGAAAGCUGUUUGUUGAAUUAAUUAAACCGAAGAGUGUCCAUUUUCCCUUGCCUGGGUUGGAGGUCUUUAAGCAGAGGCUGGAGGGCUUCUUUUGAGCUGGGACUCCUGCCUUGCAGGGGAGCUGGACUAGAAGACCCUUGGGGGUCCCUGAAGUCCCCUGUGCCCCUCCUUGCCCCCUCUGGGACUCCUCCUGCCAGCCCUUGCCCUUCUCCCUCCCUCCCUGCAGGCUACGGCUACACCACGCCUCUCUCGGACGCGGGCAAGGCCUUCUGCAUCUUCUACGCACUGCUGGGCGUCCCCUUCACCAUGCUGGUGCUCACGGCCACCGUCCAGCGCCUGGUGGGCACCUUCACCUCCGGCCCCCUGGAGUACCUGGCGCUGCGCUGGGGCCACAGCCGGCGGGCGCUCUCCUGUGGGCACCUCGUCUUCCUGGCCCUGGUGGUGCUGGCGGCCUUCUUCCUGAUCCCGGCCGCCAUCUUCAGUGCCCUGGAGGAGUCCUGGAGCUUCCUGGACGCCUUCUACUUCUGCUUCAUCUCCCUCUGCACCAUCGGCCUGGGCGACUACGUCCCUGGGGAGCAGCCCGGCCAGCGCCUCCGCUCCCUCUACAAGGUCUCCAUCACCGGUGAGCAGCUCUGCGCCAGAUGAGGGCAAGGCGGGCAGCGGGGGUGAGCAGGGCCUGGUUGAGGUUUGAUGAGGCCCUCAGCUCCUGAAGGGAAUGGGGCCCUUGAGAUGUCCAGCUGUCAUUUGCCAACAACAAAUAAUCACUGGUUUUUUUUGGUGUUGAAUACAGUCAUACCUCGGGCUACAGACGCUUCAGGUUGUGUGUUUUUGGGUUGCGCACAGCACCGAACCUGGAAGUAUCAGAAUGGGUUACUUCCGGGUUUCGGCCCUCGCACAUGCACAAAAGCACUAAAUAGUGCUUUGUGCAUGCGCAGAAGCACCUAAUCGCGACCAGCCUGUGUGCAGACGCGGCGCUGCGGGUUGCGAACGUGCCUCCCGCAUGGAUCACGUUCGCAAACUGAGCAUCCACUGUAUAUGGUAAUUGAUGGACCUCAUAGGUGUCUCAAGCCCUUUGCCCACGUUGCCCUGCAACCAGUCCAGGCAGAUUGCAGGCACCCUAUAUAUAGAAAGGAGCAAACCAGGGAUAUUUUGGGGAGCAGGCAAGCAGGCUGGCAUCCUAGGAGCCAACACAACACAAAAGACAGUUGCUGGAUGUAGGUUUUGUUUGAUUUGUUUUUUACCUUAUAUUUUGGAAAUGUACAUCCAGGUGUUGUUUUUCCUUUAAUUUUUUUUGAGGCCCUAAAGAGAGUGGGGCCCUAAGCUAGAGCUUGUUGAGCUGACACCUAAAUCUGUCACUGGGGGUGAGGAUAGUUGCAACUGCGGGACUCCCUGCUGCAGGAGCUGGCCACGGCCACUGACUUGGAUGGCUUUGAAAGAGAACUGGGCCAAUUCAUGGAGCAGAGCUGGCUCCCAGUCAGGAUGGCUUUGCUCUGCCGUGCUUCUGAAUAUCAGUCGCCAGAAACGGCAGGAGGGGAUCCAGCAGGUUCUUCUUGCGGUGCUUCCAUGCCCAGGGGCAGUCUACCUCUGAAAGGGGGAACGACAGGGGCAGAGUCCUCUUGCGCUUCCCACCAGGGCAAGGGGUUUGCCGCAGCCUCCAGAAGCUGGCGCUGGUCUUUUGGGGGAGGCGGCGGUCCUCUGAGCUGCUCCAAGCGCCGCAGCCUUGGCUGGAGGAAGCCCCAGAGCGGUGGGUGGGCCGACGGGCGCUUCUGCCUUGCGCAGCCCUUGUGGGGAGGGGGUGCUGGUUCCGCCUGCCCCGCCCUGCUACCCCCUCUUUCUCUCCCCCCCCAGUUUACCUCCUGCUGGGGCUGAUGGCCAUGCUCCUGCUCCUGCAGACCUUCCACCGGCUGGCCGAGCUCCACGGCCUCUCCGACCUGGUCUUGCUCCCCCGGGAGCAGCCCUGCGAGGAAGACCACCAGCGCAUCCUGGACGAGCCCCCGCCUCCCCCGGAGCCCCGCCAGGCGGAAAAGACCCCCGUGCAGCCCAGCCCAGGGGGGCAGGCCAACUACUCCUCCAUCAACAGAUGAUCAAGCGGCAGAGAGAGGGGUGCGAGGAUUCCCCACAGAGCCCCCUUUCCGGGGUGUGUGUGCCUGUUUUACUCCCCUGCCACUUCAUAUGCUGAGCCUCUGCCCAUGUACGAAGCUUCCUUCUCCUUGGCUCUGUGCUCUUGGUGGGGGGUGGGGAGGAGAAAGCCCCUCUCUGUGGGCUGUCUGAACAAGACCCCUGCUGCUUCCUCUGGGCUUCCAGAUUCACAUUUCUUGGGUAGUGAUUUUAUUUGAAAAAGAACAAAGAAUGACGUUGGAACUCACGGAGACUUGAUUCCACACAGGGAUACGAGAUUCUGCCGCUGGGGGUGGGCCUCUCUCAUGUCCCCCACCCCAGAGGGCACAGGCUCUGUUGCUACCCCCCCCCUUGCCUGAGGCUGCUAGGAUUUUCCCCUGAGCAGAUUUAACAAGGCCCCUCAGUGGGCAAUGGGUCGCCCCUCGCCCUGCCCCCCCAUGGGUGGGACGGGCUUGCUUUCCACCCUUGCCUCCCCCCGCCCCCCACAACCUGCAGAGAGCAGCUGCUGGGUUUUAAUUUAAACUACAAAACAGGGGCUUCCACCUUGCAGAACCUCAUCUCCAGCCAGGAGCACCUUUGCAAGAGCUGAGCUGCUGCCGUCAGAGGGGAAACUGGCCACAAACAAGACUGAAAACGGAGCCGGGGGGAGCAUGUUUUGGGGUGGGAGGGAGAUGGGGGUCAACUCGCCAAUAUGAAGUGCCUUUUUUCCUCUUUUGCUUUUAAUGUACACUUUAAUACUUUGUGGAAUGAAUGGAGAAUAUUU